UGCCUUAGCCUCUGGCAUCCCGUGCCUCGCAUCUGCUUUCAUCGAAGACGCCAUUGAGAGGGAUGUCGAUUGGCGAGCUUAUCUCAUCUCUCCCGGUCCUUCGAAGAUUUUCAACCAUCGCUGUUCUCAGCUAGUUGACCCUAAUUGGGGUGGGGCUGACUGGUCGAGUGCGAUUGCUCGAAGCCUUCGUCAGCCAUUCAAGGGAAUGGAGUUCUUAUUCUUGGUACCACCGGGUGACUCCAGUAUUCUUUCAACUGUGCGGGAGCUCGUUCCAUUCUGCUUGAGUGCGAUGGGCGCCUCAAACCUAAAAUCCAUCGUCUCAACUUCCACCAUCGUCAACUUGUCCUCAUACGAUAUUGUCCUCAUCGAGUCGAGAUGUCCAGGGCAGAUCAUACCGGAGCUAUGGAAAUCGAGUGGAAAGCUGUGUAACUUUGGCUGGCUGAAACAAUGCAUUAUUUCGGGUGCUAAGUUGCCUGCCGAGGUAGUCGCGGAAUAGACCGCACCCUUUCUAACACUUACGAACGACACGACCCAUCGACGAUGAGACGCCUUCACUGUCCACUCAAAGGAUACCACAAGAUAGACGACCUGUACCAUAUUGCAUGCUUGUAUAUUAGUGAAGCACACCUUCUACUGUCUAUGGUUGUUCAUAGAAACCCGCAUAGUCUGUGACAGCAUCACGGAUGCCGGGAAUACCGGAAAUGCAAAAAGUCCGAAG